GUUCGUGUUGCACUCGACACUACAUAAUAAAUAAUGUAAAUAAGAUGAUAAGACUCCGUAUGUGCAAAGUUUCAUCAAAAUCAGAAUUUUCGGAUUCGCGAAGUUCCCUUGUCAGCUUUGUCAUCAUAUUGAAAUAACAGAUUAUGUUUAACUGCUGGCUACAUUGUACAAAAUGUUGGUAAAGGGGAAGGUAGCGGAGAAGGAAAGGAAGGAGAAGAACAUAAAAACAUACACUUGUGAACGACAUCUGACACAGGAAGCUCACUGUCAGAAUGGUGUAGACGAAUUAGUAAAACUCUCCUCAGUCUUUUAUGACUUCAGAACAACACUAUUUGCUCAAAGUGCUGUGAAUCCCACUCACAAAGCUCUAGAAUGGUUGAUACACAGAUAUCACAUCCAUCAAUACAAUCGAGAUCAAUUUAUUCUCCUAAUACUGCCGUAUCAUGAGACUCGCAUGUUUGUUAGAGCUUUGCAGUUGGUGAAUCUGUCGGAUGAAAAUGACAAAUGGAACUGGCUGGCGCUUCUGCAGAAACGUCGUAUUCCAAUGUCUUCGGAAAGUCUUGUUGCUCGUUUGAGUACAGAUAACGAACUUCUGAAGACACUGUGCAAUCAUGUGAUAACUGCCACGGAUACUUACUCCCAGCAAGCCACUUGCUUGAGCACGUUGUAUGCGUUUUACACUACUUUGGUGUUGGGUGUAAUUCAACAAGCGUCAACUGUUACCGAGGUUCAGAUAAAUCACAUUCUGCCUGCUCUUUUGCGUGGUCUGAGAAGUCCUAUUACUGAUUUCAUCUCCAGCAGCUACAUGAUAAUCGCAACAGUCACGACAAAGAUGAUGUUUAAUGCCGAUACUAUGGAGAAGUUAUUGUUGAAGACCUUCAAGAAGACACACUUGAAGAAAGAAGCUACAACUCUUUUGCUCUAUCUCUAUCAAUCUCCGUUUAAUCGUCUAACCGUUGUGCCACAAAGUUUGGUCCAUCGGUUGUCCGAUCUGUCUUGGUUCGUCGAAACCGUAAGCGAUGUUUGCUCAACGGGUGUCAAUGCGUCUCGAUUCGUCGUAUGUUUUCUUCUAGAAGCUUGUAAGAUCGUUACCGAAGAUCCCCAAAACACCGCCGGUAUUCAAAGCACGAUCGACGAUAUGUUAGUGCGCGUCAAACUCGACAACGACGCAGUAGACGCCAUUCUGACGAGCGUACUAACAUGCGAAUUUUUUAAGAGUGAGGCUUCGAAAAUUGCGAAAGAUUUCCUGGCGCGAUUCUAUCAGAGCUUCGAACGCAGCUAUCCCUUUAAAAGAAAAUAUGCUCAAGCUUCUAAAGCUAAUGUUAAACGUUUCUGUGAAGCUGAAAUCCAAGAUCAGUUGAUCGAGAUGGAAACUAUAUUAAACAAAUUGGAUGGAGUUCAAAAUCUCUCUCAUAUUUUACCCAUGCAUAUUGAAGAAAUCAAUAACGUUCAAGAUAAUGACUUAAUUGUUGAAGAUGUGUUACAAAAUCCACCAUACACAACACAAAUCAUGAAAAUAUCCAAAAAACCAACAUUUAUCAUCAAAUGAAGUUUUACAAGAAAGAUAUUUAUUUCCUACAAACUGCAGUACACGUGCAGUGUCGGAAGAGCCACUGCAAUCAGAGAAGUCUAAGCCUGUUAGGAAAUUACAUAAAAUGUUUCAACAUUUAGACACAGAAAGUUGUUUUCAUUCUUUUGAUACUUCUCAAAAGUGCUUGUCUUCUCAAUUGACUAUGGAUGACAAUGACCUACCUUCAACGUCAGAUAGUUCUUCAGUAAGCACACUGUCUGUACAUGUUCAGCGUGAUAUCUUAAAAAGAAAACAAGAUACUUUCUCAAGGGACAUUAAGAAAACGAAAUUAUCUGCGGCUCUUGAUAAUUGUGCCAUAAUGGGUCGUUUUACAAAUCAAUCAUUGAAGAAUGCUGAAGAAUCCAUGAAGCGUUGGUUGAAUACCUCUAGUCAACGUAAAUAAGAAAUAUAUAUUAUUAUAUAUUUAUUAAGUUCAUUAAAUGCAGAUUUGAUGAUGACAACAUUAACCCAUUUUAAGAAACUUCAUAGUAAUGGCUUUUUU